AUGCGAACUAGCGAUGCUACCAUAACUUUAGAAGAUGUAGAAAUUUUGUUCGAAAUGGUAAUAGAUGAUAGUCCUAUAAUUUUAAAUGGCGCUGAUACUUUAGGAGUUUUGGGUAGACAAGAAAUGAUGUUUGAAUUAACGGGAUGGUCACCCGAUAAUGAUUGUUUUUCUGGUGUUAGUAGAUUGUUAACAUAUAAAUUAAUUGAGCAUAUUGAAGGUUUAGAUGAUAUUAUUGAUCAUUCAACUGAGCAUGAGGUGCAACAAAUGUUUAGAUUAUAUUUAUUAUGGUUAUGUGGUGGAUCAAUAUUUUCAGAUAAAUCUAAUAAUAAUCUUAAUUUAGACAUUUUGAUUGACAUGAAAAAUUUAAAUGUAAUGUCAACACAAGCAUGGGGAGCUGCUGCAUUAUCAUAUUUGUAUAAUUGUUUAUGUCGUGCAUCAAUGAAACAAUCAAAUGGAGUUUGUGAAUUUCUCUCUUUAAUGCAGAUAUACAUUUUUUUCAAUAUUAUUCCCCUGCAACCAUUACCGAAAUCUCUAAGAACCAACCAACUUGAGGUUUUAACUGCGCUUGCACGUAAAUGGACGCGACGUAGAAAUCAUCAAAAAAUAGAUGUUGACUAG